AUGGCCAGCGCGGUAGAACAGACGUGGAAUGAUGAGAUCAUAUUGCUCUGCGAUACCAGAGAGAUGGGGACUUCACAGGUGGAGCUAGCAAAUAGAUCAAUCUGCGAGGGGAUCAAAAAGCGGCUGAAUCAGAGCAGAGGGAAAUGGAUCGAGGAGUUAGACACUGUCCUUUGGGCCUACCGAACUAGCCCAAAUACAGCAAUCGGAGAGGCGCCUUUCACCCUGGUAUACGGGUCCAAUGCAGUAAUACCAGUGGAGGCCAGACUGGAGUCAUAUCGCAUUACUACCUACGACACGGAGCAAAAUUCCGAACUCCGAAGAACAGAGCUUGAUCUUGUCGAAGCGCAGAGGGAGGAAGCUCAAGUCAGAGCAGCGAAGUACAAAAGCAUCAUCAAGGCGGGAUACGACAAGAGGGUCAGAGCAAGGAAGCUAGCCAAGGGCGACCUAGUCCUCAAGAGAUCCAAUGCAUUGAAGCCAGUGGGCAAGUUCGAACCUAAUUGGGAGGGUCCCUUCAUCAUCACCGAGAGUGUUCCAACUAAGCAAGAAGAGAAGCAGCGAGGGGAAGCAGCGAAGGAAAGCAGCAAAUGGAGCAGCGAAGGGAUGAUUCAGAAGGAGGAGUCAGAGAAAUCCUCGAAACAGGAUUCAGAGAAAUUCCCGAAUGAGGAGUCAGAGCAAUCCCAGAAGGAGGAGUCAGAGAGAUAUCCAGAGAAAUGA